AUGCGGGAAAUGGAGGAUGAGGAGGAGGGGUUCCAAAGCCUGGUUAAGCAGAUGCAGAGCCAGCAGAAGAAGCCUCCAAGUGCGCCAGCCCCACCUUCCACGCCAAAGGGGCCGGACCCCUACGCAGAGUUUUCCGCCCUUCUCGAUUACCAGGACCAAAAUGAUGGUUUGCUACCGCCCUCCAGAAACCCUCGCCCUGCUACCCCCUCCCCUAACACCCCCCGGCCAGUCGAACCGGUCAAGCCCCGGGUUAUCUCCAGAGCAGGAGCAAAGAUAGCCGGUCUUUCCGGGCUGAAAGUGCCUACACCGAGACCCGUUAUAAAGAAAGGGGCAUACAGUGUUGAUUUUUCUACUUACGAUGAACCGAUUGUGAAGAUUGGGGUACCGACUCCUGUUACCCCUUUGGGGGGGGCGACAGAGUAUAAGCUGGGGGACAGCGGGGCAGUGCAAGUUACCCCCCAGGGCGACUUUCCGGUGCGUUUGAAGGGGCAUAAAAUGCCCAAGCGGGGGGCGGCAGCAAAGAAACCGGACGUGAAUCUUGAGGCGCCUGUAGAAGUGCCAGCUGUAGCAUACGAUACGCCUAGCCAGGCGGAGACGGAAAGUGAAAGUGCGUCAGGGCUUGCUGCACUCCAGGCUGGGGGCCUGGGUUCCGCUAACCCAAAAGCGAACCAAGAUCUAACCUUGGAGAGCUUCGUGCCAGGUAGGGGAAAGGAGUACACACUCUCAGAGGAGGGCUCAGACGUCUCGAUCGCGUCUGCGAGCAGUUUCCCAGUCCGGACAAAGUCGCAUCGGGAGCCCAAGGGGGGGUACUCCACAGGGGCGGACUUGGUGGAGGAGAAGAAGCCUGAGCCGAAGAAGCCAACAAAGCGGGUUCCGAGUUAUCAGGAGCUGGUUAGCGGCACCACCAAGAUCGCCGACCCCACCAUCCAGGCGGUUCCGAAACUGCCCGUCUUAGAAAGUAAGAUUGAGGAGGUUUCUGCGAGUCAACCAAGAACGGGUGUAGCGGAGCUGGGUGCUGACAUCAGCGGACCGCGGGUUUACACCCUGGGCGAAGACGAUGGGUCAGUUUCAGUGGAGCCUGCAGAAAGCAUCCCCGUCAGGUUAAAAGCAUUGAAGGUACGAAAGGUAGCGGGAAGUUCGUCUUCCGAAAACGAAAAGGAGAAGCCCAAGAAAGUGGCGCAGAGGGUGCCUGGGUUCCAGCUCCCUUCGGACGUCCGCGAAUCCGGGCUACUGAAAAAGAAAACCGCCAUGGGUGCAAGAAAGGAAAGCGACUUCCGUCCGGUAGCCGCUCCAAGGUCCGCUCCUGCUGAUCUUUCCGGGGGGAUAUUUGCCAAUGCAAAGCGGUUUCUGACGAGCCGUGGGGUGGCGGAUGCGGGCAGCGGCGCCGACGUUGCACAGCAGGCGGCCGAGCUCCGGGAAGCAAUGACGUCGGCGCUGACGUCAGCGCAGGCGGAAGUUUUGAAAAGAGCCAUCGCAGUGGUCGAGAGGAAGGCUUUGGCGGAGGCGCAGGGGGCGCUCAUUGUUCCGGUCGUGGAGGGGAAGAAGAAAGUAAAGGGGAAGAAAGAGCGGGCGCAGAUCACGGCGGCGUUUCCGAAGUGGAAGGAGGACUACGAGCGGGUGUGCAUCGACGCGGACUACACGCUGCGGCAGUUAGAUGGGCUCGCGGUGGAACUGGGACGGAGUCAGCAGAGCGAAGAGAACGAGAGGGGGCGGAGAAAGGGACGGGCGGAGAGGGCAGAUGAAGCUGCCAAAGUGCAUGAGGGUGAUGUCCGCAUGGCAACACCGGCUGUCGGCGGUCUGGAGAAGAACGAAAAGACCGCAAGGGCGGUGGAUUCGGCAACGAGUGACGCAGCAGGGGCGAGGGCGGAAGCAAGCCGGUCGGCAGGGGAUGAUGUCAGCACAGAAGCGCCGGCGGUGGUAGAAUCGCAGGAGUCUGGCGCGCUUGUAGUGGAGGACUUGAGCGCUGAGGAGCGGUCUGUCGAAGAGAAUGACGGUGUCGACUUGGGGACUGAGUUGGGGGAUGACGAGUUGCCGAACUGGGAGGACGAUCCUGAGGACAUUGAUCUGAGCGCCUACGAGAGCGACUCAGAUGACGAGCAACCCGAGGGGGAAGCGAAGCCCGAGUUUGAAGUCCGAUUGCCCCCCCCGCGAGCGGCUACUACCGAGUUCCGUGAAGACGAUGCGUACGCGACGUUUGCCGCCAUGCUUGGAGACGACGAAUCUGACAACGACGAAGAAGAUACGGAAUUAUUCAGGGAGGAAACUGCGUCGAGGUCAAAAGUAGAUGAAGCUGCGGAAGAGGGAAGUAGAGUCAACGAGUCUGAGAACGGGAUGAUCAGUCCAAGCGAUGAUGAUCUGGAAGAAUUAGAGUCGUCCGGCACUCCGGACACGCUUUCGGACGCUUCACCGUCUGCCGAGUCGUCCGAAGAGUCCGCUGAGCCGGCAGCCUGGGACCGGGAGCGUCUCAGCAGCCAGAUCUUUGAGUUGCUGCGGGGGACCACCGAGGGGGAGAAGAAGCAAUUUGGACGGGAGGCGCCGACUGUCCGAAGCAGCAGUGUCCGAGGGCCCGCUGAGCAGGGGACCCCGUCGCUGGCGACCCUGGAGAGUGUGUUGAGAAACGAGAAACGGUCGGACAGCGUUCGGACGUCCGUAGACUCCGUUCGGACGCCCACAGGUUCCGAUCGGACGCCUGAGGAUUCCGUUGGGACGCCCAUGGGUUCCGUUCGGACGCCUCCGGAAGCGGUUCGGACAGCGUCGGACGCGAGUGAGUGGUCGGAGGAGGUCCAGUCCGCAGUGGCCAAAGCGGAGGCGGAGCGGGAGAUGGCCCGGAAACGGCGGGCGCCGGACUACGGCACGUUCGAAGAGCUGCUGAAGGAAGAGGACGGGGUUAAAAGUGAGAAGCCCACUGCGAGCGCCCCGUCGUCAGAGGAGCUUGCUCGAGUGACGAGGCCCCCGACGCUGAAGGACCAGCGCGCCCCCUUCAUCCGAGACGCGAAGCCGCUCAAGCCAGCGGUUCCGACCAGAGGGCCUUCGGUUCCCUCCGCCGCAGACCCAAGCCUCGUGAAGAAACCGCGGUGGGUUAGGGUUUGGGAUGUCGACAACAGCGAAGUUGAAGACGCCACCGCAAAGGAGUGGGCACGGGCCGAGGCGCUCUGUCCGAACAAGGAGUCUGUUGAGGUCCUGGUCGUCAACCACAACUCGGGCGGCCUCCAAGUGCUCUUCGGAACGCUCCUGGGUUUCAUCCCCGCCUCCCAACUGAGCCUUGCGCGGCGCCCCCCCCGGUCACCGGAAUGGAUGACUCGGGCCUUAACCCCAAAAGAUUUGCGAAACCUGCCCCGCAGUGGAACGGCUCAGCGCACUCCCCUUGGGGGGGAGAAGCAGCAGAGCACUGUCGACAAAACGGCUCCCGUUGAUGUUCCGGACGAAAGCGCUGAUUCCGCUGGCGAAGACGAGGUCGACUACGUGACCAGCGGAAUCAUCCCGGAGACGGACGAACAGCUGGCGAUCGCCGCUCGCCAAGUACGCGCAUACCGAACGGCGCACCUCGCGUCUUUAGUUGGCCAGAGGCUGACCGUGAAGAUCAUCGUCGCCGACAGGGCGCAGAAGAAGCUCAUCUUUUCGGAACGAUCGAUCCUCUGGAAGGAGGGCCACGAGGAGGCCAUGAGCAAGCUGCUGGCGCGCAUCAAGAUCGGCGACAUUGUGCGCGGCACUGUCAAGGCGAUCAUGAAGUACGGUGCGUUCAUCGAAGUGGACGGCGCGUCGUGCCUGAUCCACAAGUCGGAGCUGGCAUGGGUCCAGCCGAAGCACCCGGGGGAGCUGCUGCAAUCCAACCAAGAAGUGGAAGCCGUUGUGGUGGGGGUCGACCGCGCAAUUGGGCGGGUCAACUGCUCUCUGAAACGGUUGCAGCCGGACCCCCUGACCGAGACGCUGGACUCGCUGGUGGAGCGCGCGCCCGCUGAGGGCGAGGAGAGCAUCCUGACAGAGAUGCCGGAGCUGGGUGACGUCAUCGCACUGCUGAAGGCGGCCCCGGGGGUCGGCGAGGUGCGCUUGGGACGCCGGUUCCGGGGGACUGCUUUCGCGCCGUCGUUCCAGAUCUUUUUGUCGGAAAAAGUGGACAACGGUUAUCGACUGUUGGCGCGCGUGGGUGUAGAAGUCCAGGAGGUCCUUGUGACGACGGAACUAGAGCGGGACACCAUGAAGCAAGUGGUACGAGACGCGACGGUCAGCAAUUCCAGCGAGCGACGGCUCGCGCUUGCAGACUUUGCGUCGUAAUUACUGGGCUGGCUGGGCUGACAGGAUAGCACAGUCGUGAGUGCUAGACGGGUCGAAUGUGGAACAAGUGUUUCAGAAGUGCUGCGUGGGCCAGAUGUUCUCUUUCACACGUAGCUCUGAGUGGGUUGUGGGCCGGGAAUGGCAGCGGGCACUUGGCGGCUUCCUUGUUUGUUUGUGGAGUGUCGAAGUGUGACGUAUUGAUCAUGCAUCGUUAUGCGUGGCGGCCGGUUUUGUGGUCGAUUCAUCAAUUCCCGUGACUGAGGGUCAAACCGAG